AGAGGGCACACAGCUGUUCCGUGUUUAUGUUUUAUUUGUUGUUAAAAUGUCUGCUAAAAGAAUUCGAGGAAAAAACUUUUCCGAGCAGGAAGAACAUGUUCUAAUUGAUCUCGUGCUGUUGAAAAAGGAUAUUCUGCAGGACAAGAAGAAAGAUGCGGCAACUUGGCGAAGGAAGGCUGAAACGUGGGAGCAAUUGGCCGCGGAGUUUAGGGCACAAACAGGAACCGACCGAACGUGUGCUGCCCUGCGUGAAAAAUACGAUAAUAUGAAGAAAAAUUCCCGGAAUAAGUACAGAGGAGUUAAGAAUUGGGACCACGAAAGGGAACUCUCUUUUGCAGGAAGUUCAUGGUGUUCCAGGACCUCAAUGACGGAUAACAAUGAGGGACACAUAGGAAACAUCACCACCCCGCUGGAAAACCAGUUUGACAGCGAUGGAAACUUCCAGUUAAUAAAUGUAGCCAAAGAAGAAAAUCCAUCCAUCAGCUCAGAUAGCUCUCAACUACUGCAGAACAUUGAUGAUAUCGACGACCCCGAGGUAUCCAUCCUAGAGGCUUCUCAAAGAUGGAAGGCGAAAAGAUUAAGGGAAUGCGGUUCUCCAACUUUGCCACAAAUCAAUAGAACACCCCGCACUGAAAAGGAGCAGGUUGAAUUGUUUAAGCUACAACAGCAGUAUUAUAGAGACCAGAAUUCCAGAGCCGCUGAACAACACAAAUACGAAGUAGAAAAACAAGUUGUUGAACUGCAAACGGCUCGACUGAAGAACCAAUUACUUGAAAUGGAAAUCGAAGUAAAACGCGAAGAACUAGCUAAAAUUAGGCAAAGUAAUUUAAGUUAGUUAAACUGU